GAGAAGGACGAAACAUAAGGAAACGAAACAAGAAGAAAAGAUAAUAAUAACAUAAAGAACGAGAAGGAAUCAGAAACCAAAAACAGAAAUUAGACAUAAGCGUGAAGAAACUUAAUAAAAAAAAAGUAAUCAACUUCCACACGUAAAAGUAAUCAGUAAGAAGGUAAUCCCUGCCUUAUAUCCUUAUAUUCUUAACUACACAUCAGCUAGAUUAGUCGAAAACGAAGAUAAAGAUAAGGAAUAUGGUAUAACCGAUGAUAAAUGAUAAGAAAGGGGAUUUUGAAACAGGUAUGGAUACAAAAAGCUAAGUACUAAUAGAUGAAGACAAAUAAUCUAAAGAAAAAAAAGGGAUAAGUUGAAUAAAAAAAACAGAGAAUAGAUAAAGACGAAAUGAAUAAGUAAGACUUGGAAUAAAAGGGGAAAACAAAAAAGAAUAACAAAGGAAGACAAAAGAAAUACAUCAUUUUAAUACAACUUGAAAUACAUCUCAUUCCUCAGCGAGCAGGAGAUUAACAAUAAAAAAAAAAAAACACUAUUUAUUUGAAUUUCACUCGGCAGAAGCAAUUUCCUGAGGUCGAGUGAGACUGAAAGUGAUUGGGAAAGGAAGAAACUAUUUUAAGCUUCUCGAAAAGGAAAAGAAAAGGAAAAAGAAAAAGAAACAUAUCAGAAGACAUAAUUCAAAAAAAUAUCAAACCUAAAACCAAACGAAGAGACAGAUAACUUCAAAACAACUUUAUUUUAUAUACAAACCAAUCCACGAAUAAACCAAAGAAAAACGGAAAUAAUCCCCCAGAAAAAAAUAAUAAGACAACAAGAUAAACCAAGAAAUAAACACAAGAAGAUAAAUUUUCUUCGGAUUCUGAAAUAAGUUCGUAUCCCGCGAAGAAAGAGCAGCCGCAAAGAUGUCGAAAGUUCAGCGCCAACUCUCCCCUAACGGAGAUCCUGCACCUGGCUUUACGAAGACUUUUCAAAACCGCUUGAUUCUGCCUCUUGGGAAUUUCCAAGACCGGCUCGUUUUGCCCCAAAGAUCUCGCGAGGUGACCUUCACCGUGCCCCCCACCGUGUCCCCGCUGUCCCCCCGCCGCGCCCUCGGGGACUGCUCGCCCCUCUCCCCCCGUCGGCUGGGCUCGGGCGACACCACCCCCGUCGGGAGCCAGGCGGGGAGUGAGUAUGGGGGGGACUCCCGCACCACCACCCCCUCCCCGGGGCUGCUCCGAGGGUCGUUCACAGACAUCCCGGCUGUUAGUGGAGCGGCGUGCAGUCUGGGCACCAUAAACCCUGAACUCUACAAAACCGACGAGCUGGAGGGUGAGUACGACCAGUACCCGGACGACCACAUUGGGCGCGUGUGGCUUCAGCUGGAGUACUUCAGCGACUCCGAGAAACUCCUCGUUAACCUGAUCAAGGCCAAGAACCUGCCGAGUCGUCUCAUCGGUUCCAUCAAUGCGUGCGAUCCUUAUGUGAGGCUGUACCUCAUGCCGGACGAGCGCCGAUAUCUCCAGACGAAGACGCGGAGGAAGACCUGUAACCCGAGAUUCGACGAGACCUUCUGUUUCCAGUCAGCUGACCCUCACACGGUCACCUUAGUGAUCAUACUAGACGAUGGCUAUAUACUAUAUCGAUGGGAAGCUGGAGGAACAGAGCGCUCAAACCACCUUCAAGAGACUUGUCGACCGAAGACAAUACGCAACACACCAACAAAAGCUGGCAGGGAAGGAAAACGAAUGAUCCGACGCGACCUUGAGAGGGAAGUUAGCCUAAGUCCUCGCCAACUUGGACAACUCGAACUUACCCUCUGCUACAACGACAACUUGGAGCGGCUCACGGUCACCGUCGGGGCGGCCAGGCAGUUAAAGGUGGAGGAUGACCGGUCUGACAAAAAUGAGUUUCAGGCCCGAAUUGCUCUCAUGCAACAGACCAAGGUGACUAAAACAAAGAAAACGGGUGUAGUGAAAGGCACAGACUCGCCUUCCUUCUACGAGAGUUUUAACUUCAAGGUGGCACCAGAUGCCCUCGAUACAACUGCAGUGUGUGUUACUGUCACUGUUCGGAAAAAAAUCUGUGGAGCCAGAAUGCAGCCUGUAAAACUCCCCAUUGAUAUAGAGCUCACUAUUUAA